UGUCAGGACUGUCUCUCACAACCGAAGGAUAUCAUCGUCUGCAGAACCUGGCUUUGAUGCUGUGAAUCGACCCUUUUCCGAGAUGGAUGCCGAGUCAUUGCUUAGAAUCCUGCGGGCGUACGACGCAUCCGUGGAUGCAUCAGCAGUGAGAGCAGCCGUCUCCGGGCCAAAUUCGACCGACAUUGAGCGCUGGGCCGCAGCCCACCUCUGCCCAGACACGCUUCUGACCGUAGACGAAUUAAACCAAUAUGCUGCCCUCGAGGACGCGGGCCUUGCCGAGAGGCUCGCCAUGUCGUCAGACCUCUCCGCCGCUCGUGUCUUGAGUGAGCGAGAGAUUAAGGAGGCCAUAGAUGAAUUAAACCGCUCGACUCAAGCCAUCAGCCGGCAUGCGGAGACGCUCAAGCAGCAGCAGCAGGCGUUGGACCGCCUCGUUGACGACAGCCGCAAAAACAAGGAAGAGCGAGCCGCCGUCGAAGAAAACCAGGUCCGGAAAUGGCAGACCCAGCGCAGAGACUUUGCAUCAGUCGCAGCUGAACUGUCGCAGUCUCUGGACUCUCGUAUUCACGAGCUCCAGCGUACGACCACCAAGGCUGACGGGUCAAUCCAGCAGACGGUGGAGACCCUGUUCCGUUCCGACGACAAGCUGCUGUCCAGUCUUCAGAAGCUGGCAUGGGAGCUGGAAACUGAGGAUGCCGAAGAACAAGCCGAUGUCGCCGUGCUGCGUGAGACCUGCGCCAGGCUGAUCAAGUUCACGGUCGAGGGAAUCCGGACUAGGCUUGAUCGCAUUUAUCUAGAGUCCCUUGAGCUUCCGGUUCAGUCGGGGUCCAGCAGCCGAGUCACGGCUGACGAGGUUGCUGCAUUGCAAGCGGAACUAGAAUCUCUCUAUGCCGAGAUUCUUCCAGUGGCACAGAUGUCCACUGAGCAGCAGUUCCUGGAGCCUGCGCUGAAGAGUCUCGCCGCAAAGAACGGCCAGCGAUUGGCAAGGUCUGCUCUGGCCACCAGCUAUCUGACCGCCCAGAUUCACGAUUGCCUCGACUAUCUCAUCGACCGCGGACAAGACCUUGAGGCUCGGCUAGGUGCCUUCCAGGCAUAUCGACUGGCAGCCAAUGCCGUCCUAGACAUUGCCGAGUCAGAGUUGGAUAUGCAGGCCGCGGCCUGCACCAGUGAACCUGCUUCACAGAAAGGCGCCACGCAACAGGAUGCCAUAUCCCCAGUCCGCCCUCGACCCAAGCCGCGAUCAAGGCACUCGUCUGGUGCGCCCGCCAUUGGCGAGGAGUCGCCCCUGGAAGAGAUUCUCCGCACCCUUGCUAUCAGCUUGCCGCAGCCCGAAGAUGAGCCAGUCAACGUCCACCAACAGAUCAUGGAGCUGGCGUCGACAAUUGCCAGUCGUCGGGCAAAGGUCCAAGAUGUCGCACGGAAUGUCCAAGACACUUUCGAGAGCGCAACCACGAAACAAGUCGCUGACGGAAAGUUGGCGAUUCAGCUGGUCCGCGAUUCCAUCCUAUCUGAAACCCCCUUUGGCGAAAUUCGGCUCGUGGAUCCCGAAAUUGACGGUUCCAUCACCGUGCUUGCUCAGGGGCUGGCAGCCGUCGAUGAGAAGCUCAAAGACGUUGACAACGGUAUGGCGAAGCUCAGGGGCAAGAACCUAAAGAGAGAUGAACUUAUUAGCCGCUGGGGUUCAUGA